CCCCGUUCCUCCCGCAGCCCUCGAGGGCAGCUAGGGGUCGUCGCGACCGCCCCGGUUCUUCCUCCGCCCUCCCCACCCCACGCGACUGUCGGCGCCAGAGUCAAACGGAGAGGCCGCGGUUUGCCGCGGUUUGCCGCGCUUUGCACCAUGUCAAAGAAGAAAGGACUAAGUGCGGAAGAAAAAAGGACCCGAAUGAUGGAGCUAUUUUUUGAGACGAAAGAUGUAUUCCAACUAAAAGACCUGGAGAAGAUCGCUCCCAAAGAGAAAGGCAUCACUGCCAUGUCAGUCAAGGACGUCCUUCAGAGCCUGGUGGACGACGGCCUGGUGGACUGCGAGAGGAUCGGGACGUCCAAUUACUACUGGGCCUUUCCAAGCAAAGCUCUUCAUGCCAGGACACGCAAGCUGGAGGCUCUGAACUCCCAGCUGUUGGAGGGAAGCCAGAAGCAUGCAGACCUGCAGAAGAGCAUCGAGAAAGCUAGGAUUGGCCGACAAGAGACCGAAGAACGAGCUCUGCUUAUAAAAGAACUUUCUUCGUUUCGGGACCAAAGGGAUCAACUUAAGGCAGAAGUUGAAAAAUACAGAGAAUGUGACCCACAAGUAGUGGAAGAGAUCCGUCAAGCAAAUAAAGUAGCCAAGGAAGCUGCCAACCGAUGGACAGAUAACAUAUUUGCAAUAAAAUCCUGGGCCAAAAGAAAAUUUGGACUUGAAGAAAAUAAAAUUGACAAAAACUUUGGAAUUCCAGAAGACUUUGACUACAUAGACUAAAAUGUUGGAUGAUAAAGGAUUUGCGAGCUCUUAAAUCGUCAAGUCUUAAAAAUUAUCUAACUAAUGCUGCCGAAUUUCCAUCUAUCUGUUAACUGUUUUUCAUUUUACAAUUUUAAAUAAAGUAUAAAAUAAGGA